UCUCAUCUUCCGUGGUUUUUAGGAGCAGGACAUCCAGGAGCUGGCAGGAGGGGAAUGAACCGUGAGGGUGUCCCCGGAAAGAGUCCGGAGGAGAUGUACAUUCAGCAGAAAGUGAGAGUCCUACUCAUGCUGAGGAAGAUGGGAUCAAAUCUGACUGCUAGUGAAGAGGAGUUCUUGCGCACGUACGCAGGUGUAGUGAAUAGCCAACUUAGCCAGCUUCCUCAACACUCAAUUGAUCAGGGUGCUGAGGAUGUUGUGAUGGCGUUUUCCAGAUCAGAGACAGAAGACAGAAGACAGUAACUACAGGAUACCUGAACAACACAGAUCUGGAGAGGACAGUGAGAUGCCUGAAGAUAGAGGAGGAUGGCUGAGCAUUACUAAGUUCCUUUGCCCACCCUAAUUGUUCCUUGGUAUUCCUUCUCCUUUGUAAUUUUGCUUCCCUUUGCCCAACCCUCAGAAUGCAUCUUGCAGCCAUCUAUUCCUGUAAGUCGUUGUUUCUCAGCGGGGCUGUGUUAAUUAAGGACAAACCUAAAGGUGUAGCUUUGAUUGGCUCGAAGGGACAGGCUAAAGGAAGACAAUUUUUCAAACUUGACCAAUGAAAACCUUUUCUCUCGCAUUUUAUUUUAUAUUUUAAAGAAAGUCUCUUGACAUCCUGCUUCUAAAGAAACUUUUCAUGCUGUGGUGCUUAUUUAGGUCAAACUUGUGAAUUUGAAGAGGGUUUGAUUUGGCCACGUAGAACUGGAAGCAACUUGUGAUUGGUUGCCAAUGCAAAUGCUUUCUCUUCAGUUGGCUUGCAGGUAUUUUGCUGACUUCAGCAUUUUCAUUGCAGAAAGCCGAUGUUUUGGUGCAUUGGUUAUUUCUUUAUAUUUACUGAUUUGGGGGAAAAAGAGAAAUGUGCUUUGCAGUAUUUAUUACGUCUGCACACAUAUAAACGCUUGCUUUUGGGGGUUUGUUUUGGUUUUUUGAUUGGCUUUGAGGUCAUGGUUUUGAUUUCCUGUUGGCUGCAGUGCUUCUGAUGCAAUCAGUUUUUCCACACUCAUCUGCUCGGUGGCCUCGAGCUCUUUUGGGAGCGUGUGUCAAAAGCAUAUUUAGUUCAGUAAGUCUACCUGUUCAAGCUGGCACGUGGAGCCCACCGGGCAUUCCGUGCUGCUGCGUGGGCUGUGCUAGGAGCUCCUGGCACACCUGGCUGCUCAGGUGGCUUCUCCCUUUGCUUCUGACAGAGGAGCUGUAGAUAUUUUGCAGGAAUUGCAAGAAUGAGAUCUAUGGCUGUGACAUGAAUUUGCCAAAUUUGUAUAGAGAAUAUGUGACCUUGUUUAAAAUACUACAUAUAGUUCCACUUUAACCCUUUGAUUGCUGCACAAGUCUAGCUCUCACGUGAGGAAAAAUUAAUGAUUAUUAACUUAAAUCCAACUUGCUCUGGGCUUUAAUAAACUAAGUUUCUAGUCACUUGAAAAA